UAUUUUUCCGUCCGCGCGCCGGGUAAGAGGUGAUCGCAGUCUUAUCGAUCGACUCUUCUCUCCUGCCCGCUUCGUCUUACAGGGAAACCUCCUCUGAAUCCCUAACCCUCUGUUGCUGUCGGCGCCGGCGACAAUGGAAAUCGCCGGACCGCCGCUGGCUUCCGAUAGUGAAGAUAGAAAUGAGGAGGACGAGGACGUGUGCCGAAUUUGUCGAAACUCUGGGGACUCUGAUAACCCUCUCUAUUACCCGUGUGCUUGUCGUGGCAGUAUCAAAUUUGUUCACGAAGAUUGCCUCCUUCAGUGGCUUGACCGUAGUAAAAAUCGCCGUUGUGAGGUCUGCAGGCAUAUGUUUUUGUUCUCCCCCAUUUAUGCCGAGGAUGCACCAGCAAGGCUUCCUCUCAGAGAGUUCUUAACUGUGAUCACAUUAAAGUUUGAUGUGCUGCAAAUCUUUCUACACAGUGCCUUCUCAUUUUCUGUUUAUUUCCUGCUAAUUUCGUUUGGUACAUAUUGGAUAUGGCAAUUAGCUUUUGUGAGGAGUUUAAGUGAAGCCCAAAAAUUAUUCUCAAGUCAUAUAUCUACUAAAACGAUUGCUAUCAAUUGUUUUCAUGGCUAUCUACUUUCUGGCAUCAUUAAAUUUGUCUUUCAUGGGUUCACAUUUUUGAGAGAUUUCUUUAUUCAUCUGUGGGACCUAAGAAGACAGAACCUUGAGGGAGAAAAUGGGGGCAGAGAUGGUGUUCAUGCUGCCAGAAGGCCUCCUGACAAUGCUGAUAGAGAUUUUGUUGGUGGAGGUGAAGGCAUUGCUGGGGCUGGUCAAAUAGGUAGAAGAAAUGCAGAAAAUGUAGCUGCCUGGUUGGAGGUGCUGGCAGCUCAACUUGAAGAUCAUGUUGGACGGAUGUUUGGUAGACCGAAUGGUGUUGGAAUUAUAGAAUUUUUUCCGUUUGAUAUGCUUGUACGCAUACGGGUCCCUGUGUUUCGUUUACUUGAAAAUUCAUUUUCUGUUCUUUUCAGGAACACAAUUUUCCUUAUUGUUGUAAUUUUUAUCCCCCUUUCCUUGGGACGAGUUUUCUCUCUGCAUCUAUUAUGGCUCUUCUCCUCUGCUACAAUUCCUGCUAUAUCAUCAGUCAUUCCACCAACUCAAACUCAUGCCUUAGCAAAUAAUGCAUUAGGCGCUGAUGCAAAUUCAUCGUUGGAAAGUCGUAGAGAUGACAUGCAAAACCAGGUAACAGCGGUGGUUGCGGGGAUGUUGAAAGAAGACUCAACUGGACUGGAAGAUGUCUCAAAUAUAAUUAGCAAAACACUUUCAGCAAACCUGUUUAAAGGAGAAAUUAUCAGAACAUCUCACUUGUCUAAUGAGAUGACUCUUGCCAUAGGUUACAUGUUUAUACUAUUGUUCUUCUUGUUUUGCCUUGGGCCACUUUUCUUGAUUCAUUAUUCUCGAGGUCAGCGAUUGAACUGGGGGAGGUUAUUUCAUAUUGCUUAUAUAGCAGAGGCAGUCCUGUCCAUUAUAAGAAAAUUCUGUGCAGUCUUAAGGCAUUUUAUGACUAUGGCUAAGGUUGCUUUCAUUCUGGUGAUUAAGUUUGGGUUUUUCCCUUUGAUAUGUGGCUGUUGGUUGGAUAUUUGCACCUUAAGGGUGUUUGGGAAGACAAUUGUUCAGAGGGUUGCAUUCUUUUUAGAGGAUCCUGCAGCAAGCUCCUUCUAUCAUUGGAUCGCUGGAAUUCUCUACAUGCUACAAUUCAGUUUUUCGAUGAAUCUUCUUCAAGGGGUCUUGCAUAAUGGAGUCUUGAACUUUCUUCAAAAUCUAGCAGAUCCCAUUUACAUUUUGUUCCACAGUUUGGUUGAAGACCCAGUGCACAAGCAUGCUGGCAACAUUCUUUUGGCUGUUGGUAUUCAUGGUAGCUUGGUUGUGAUGCUGUUCUUUUUACCUGUCAGAUUAGCCGUGCUGUUUGUACCUUCUUUAUUUCCACUUGAUCUUUCUUUGUCAGAUCCACUUACAACCAGGUUUCUGUUUCAUAUCUGCAUCCCAUGGGCUACUCGCUAUUUUAAGCUGCGAGCAACGGUUAAAACCCUUCUGUGCCAGUGGUUUACUGUUGUUGGCCGGGAACUUGAUUUAACUGAUGUCUUACUGCCUAGACCUGAGGGCAAUGGCAUGGAGGAAAAUGCGGAUGUAGUGCCAGAGCAGCAGCAAGGACAACAUGAUAGACAACUACAUGAAGAAGUUGGGCAACAAAAUAGGGAUCUAGGUGCACUUGCAAGUGCUGAAGAUUCAAAUUUAGGCAUAUGGGCAUCUGGGAACUCUGAUGUUGAAGAAAAGAAUGGUGAUGAACAAGCUGAUUCUGACAGGUACCACUUUUUUCUACGCAUUUUGCUGUUAUUGGUGCUGGCAUGGAUAACUCUGCUUCUAUCUAACUUGGUCUUGAUUGUUGUACCAAUUUCACUUGGACGUGCGCUCUUUAAUGCUAUCCCUCUUCUCCCACUAACUCGUGGCAUCAAGUUCCCUCUCUUCUCAGUAACUCUUGACAUCAAGUUUAAUGAUAUAUAUGCAUUCAUUCUUGGAAAUUGCAUUAUACGGACUGUCAUAACUGGAUCCAGGUAUGUUGUACAACAUGUCCAAACAGGAAGAGCUGGGGUUCUUUUAAAACAAAUUUGGAAGUGGUGUGGCAUUGCCCUCAAAAGUUCUGCACUUUUGUCAAUAUGGAUCUUUGUCAUCCCGGUAUUGAUCGGUCUGCUGUUUGAGCUUGUGGUGGUUACACCAAUACGGGUGCCGUUGGAUGAAAGCCCAGUGUUUAUCUUAUAUGAGGACUGGUUAUUGGGACUCAUUUUUCUCAAGUUCUGGACUAGUCUGGUACUGCUAGAUGAUGAGGAGCUCUUUGUGGACAGGAGUUGGCGAGUAAAGUUUGAGAGGGUGCUAAACGAUGGUUUCUCCCAGUUGCAAGGCCUCUGGGUGAUGUCGGAAAUUAUAAUUCCGAUCAUGAUGAAGCUGCUGACAGCUCUCUGUGUUCCUUACAUGUUUUCCAGAGGGUUAUUCCCCAUGCUUGGGUAUCCAUUAUUGGUCAAUUCAGCUGUCCACCGUUUUGCCUGGGUGGGCUGCCUUGCCUCUAUUUUCAUGUGCUCUUGUGCUAAAAGAAUCCAUGCCUUGUUCAUUAGGAUGCAUAAUGCCAUUUGGAAUGAGCGUUAUCUGAUUGGCCAGAGACUGCAUAACUUUAAAGAAGUUUCUGGAAGAGAUGCAAAGCAAGGCUAAGAAUACAUCAGAAUUGCAAGUGCAAAUUUUGCUGGUGCUGGUUUAAUCCAGCAUUAGAAAGCUGUUCUACAUGUGAGGCUCAGGGGCAUUCAUGACUUUGGUCCCAAAAUCAGAGGCUGGUUUGGUUAUGGUGUUGGAUAAAACCUUUAAUUUUAGAAUCAAAUACCUCUCUCUGCUGCUGCUUCUUUUGUUGGAAAUGCAGGUUAAAGAAAGAAAAAAAAAGAAAAAAAAAAGGGAAAGGAUAAAAAGGAAAAGAAAGAAGGAAAGAUAGUUUCCUCAUUGAGCCUCUGUGCAGAUGAGAAAAUGCUGUAGAGAUUAUUAUUUAGAAGGUUAGUCACCAAAGAACAGUUUUGUACACAGAUUUUCUUGGAUCGUUAUUCCCCAUUUCACUGUUGGAAGUAAGGUGGUUUAGCUAUCUGUAUAUAUAUGUCUUGAAGGUAAAUAUAACAAUAAUGUACGAGAUAUUUAAAAACCUGGAUUUAGCAUAAAUUUCAAGUUCUGAAUCAUUGAGAAUAAAGAGUUGAAUCUUCUGUUGUGAAAUAAAAUGAACCUUAACAUUAGUCUGA